AUGUUUAGAGUAUUUGGUUCAUUUGGAUCAAAGAGUACUCAGUCUUCCGGUGAAGAGCAAUCAACAAAAACAAAACAAGUUCUAAAACAGGCCAAUGACUUUGAAAUUGCCUUAAAAGCAAUGGAUUUUGUUCUCGAUGAUAGGACAGAUGAAGGGUUGAAUUUACUGAAAAAAGCUGAAAUGGAAACUGGUUCAGAUCAAACUAUCUUGACUUUGGCAAGGGGUGUUAUCGAAUUUCUUCAAGCCACCUUGAGUUUUGAAACCGAAGAGAUGAAAAAAGCUGCGAUUACUUUAGGUAAAGCUGAGCAAAUGUCGUGGAAAAGUAAGCAAAAUGCUGAGAAGACUAACUUCAAAAGCAGUUCAAUAUAUCCUCCCGGUACUGUCUAUGCAGUGACGUAUACAGAGUCAUGUCUUUUGCAUGCUCUGUUGAUGUUAUUUAGUGAAAGUAUGAUGGAAGCAGCCAAGGCCUUGCUGAAAUUAAGGAGGGCUUAUACAAUGUUACAAGAUAUCAUGGUCACUGUCAAGAAAGCGGAACGAUCGAAAAACUCGAGCUCCCCUUCCCCAAGCGAAAAGAGCCAAGAAUCAUGCGGAAGUUUCGUUUCAGCAGAGACAACCUUCGUAUCUGUAGAUAUACCAUACAAAUUGACCUCUGAGGACAAAUCAAACCCUAUGCUAUUAGAGUUUGCUGAAAAAAUCUACACGAUGAGAAUGGGAAGGUUGUCAGGUGCUCAUAUUGGUAAUACUCCAUCCUUUCAUAGGUUAAGAGAUGAUUUAGGAUUACAGACGACCCCCUCUCGAGCUUCCGAUCGUCAUUCUGUCUCAGAUGAUUUUGAUCUAGAACAGGCCACCAUUGAUGAAUUCAUCCAUUCGGGAGCUAAUUUAUGCUAUGGUAUCUUACAAGUCGUGUUAUCCUUACUUCCACCUGCAAUUGGUGCUGUUCUAUCCAUCGUUGGGUUCAAGGGCUCUCGUGAAGAAGGGUUGAGGCUAGUUUGGAAGGCCACAAAGGAGAGAAAUGUUCAUGGGUGUAUAGGUUUGUUAGGCCUGAUGUUUUAUUAUGAUGGCCCCUUCCAAUUCACAGACGCUGACUUUGAUAUACCACCAAAUGAUAAUGCAUCAAGGACUUUAAACAAAAGCAGGACCAAUGAUAGUAGCCUUUUACCAGGUUAUAUGGAUAGUGCAACUUUAUUGCAUCCAGGAAAAAUUCUAGAGAACGCAUUACUAAAAGCGAGAGCACUUUUUCCUAACAGUGCCCUGUGGUUACUAAAUGAGGCCAAGAUGCUUGCAGGAAAGGGCAGGCUUCGUGAUUCUCUUGCCCUAAUGGACUCCAUUGAUGUUAAUAGCAUCCGUAUGAGGCAAGUGAAAUCGCUAAUGGUGUUUGAACGUGCCAUCCUUUUAGUCAAUUUACACGAGUACAAUAGAGCUGCCGACGAUUUGAUAAGUUUGCUUGAUAUCAGUGAUUGGUCUCAUGCUUUGUAUACUUAUUUUGCAGGUUGCUGUUAUUUAGAAAAUUGGAGAAUGACACAAAUAGGCCUUUUAAAUGACGGCAAAGAACAAUUCUAUAAAGAACGGGCUAGAGAACUCAUAUUUGACGCCCCAUCUUUGUUAGGAAAAAAAACGUUUAAGUCCAAAAAUCUUCCAUUGGAUAGGUUCAUGCUUAGAAAAGUUCAACAAUUUAAUAACAUGCAGAAGAAACUAAAUUUACAAGAACCGCUAGAUUCAAUAGCCACAUCUCCUGUCCAUGAACUGGCUUAUUUCUACAAUGGUUAUAAUAGAAUGACUGAAGACGAUUUGGUUAUAACCAAAAAGAUGUUAACAGAAUAUCACAAUCCCGCCAUUGACUCAGAAGAUCCGGAUCAAGAACUGAUCAGAAAUUUACUACUAUCCUUGACUUUAAGAAGAUUGGGGGACGCUGAAACAGGUUUGGCCUUAUUAGACGAUAUUGUUCUGCCAAAAAUAUUCUACAUCCAAAAUGGUAAAGUGAAAUACUUCAAAAAAACCGAAGACCCAUGGGCAUAUCCAGCCGCUCUUUAUGAGAGGGCUUUAUUCUGCUGGAAAUUGGGUGGCAUGGAAAGUUUGGAUGAAUGUAGGGAAUGGUUGCUAAGAGCUCAAAACUAUGCCGCUGAUUAUGAAUUAAGUACGCGUAUCGGUAUGAAGAUCAAAGCCGCCCUUGAUAGAGUUGAAAACGCGCUUGCUUAG